GGACAUAAAGACAAGCGCAAGCGAAGGAAGAAUGUUCCUGUCGCUCCCUACGAUGACCGUGCUCGUCCCACUCUUGUCUUUAGCGGGUCUGUUUUACUCGGCCAGCGUGGACGAAAACUUUCCCCAGGGCUGCACUAGCACAACCAGCUUGUGUUUCUACAGCCUGCUACUUCCAGUUACGAUCCCAGUUUACGUGUUCUUCCACCUUUGGACCUGGAUGGGCCUUAAACUCUUUCGCCACAACUAGGUUAGGCUCGGAAGUGCGUCGG